UAAUUUUUGACCAACCUCACUCCCUCUAAUCUUUUACAUAUAAAUCAAAUCGAAACCUCUCAAAACUUUCAAUCACUUCUCUCUCUUCUUCUUCACUCUUUACCUCACCAAAAACUAAAAAUCAAACACUCCACACUAACAAUUCUUUCCGAUGUUUCCACUCCUCCUCCUCCUUCUCUUUCUCUCCUUAACCACCACCAAUGCCGCCGCUGUCGCUUCCGUCACCGGUACUGUUACUAUUACUCAGCAAUUCAAAGAGGCCCCUCAAUUUUACAACUCACCGGAUUGCCCUUCACUUGAUCAACAAGAGUCAGAAUUUGAUGAGGACGAUGAUGAUAUCAAUCACAGCCCAGUGUUCUGCUCCGAUCAGUCAGUCCACGUGGCAAUGACUUUAGACACAGCCUAUAUCCGUGGCUCCAUGGCCGCAAUUCUCUCUGUUCUUCAACAUUCAUCUUGUCCUCAAAAUAUCGCUUUCCACUUCGUCGCCUCCGCCUCCGCCAACGCCACUCUCCUCCGCUCCACCAUCUCCUCUUCAUUCCCUUAUCUCAAAUUCAAAGUCUACACAUUCGACGACACCUCCGUCUCCGGCUUAAUCUCUACCUCUAUCCGUUCAGCACUCGACUGUCCAUUAAACUACGCCCGCAGUUACUUGGCCGGCAUCCUCCCUCUAUGCGUACGACGAGUCGUUUACCUCGACUCCGACCUUGUUCUCGUCGACGACAUUGCCAAACUCGCCGCCACUCCACUGGGUGAUAACUCAGUCCUUGCAGCUCCUGAAUACUGCAACGCGAAUUUCACUUCUUAUUUCACUCCAACUUUCUGGUCCAAUCCAUCUUUAUCACUCACAUUCGCCGACAGAAAAGCUUGCUACUUCAACACCGGAGUUAUGGUGAUCGACCUUGAUCGAUGGAGAGAAGGUGAUUACACUACAAAGAUCGAAGAAUGGAUGGAGUUACAAAAAAGAAUGAGAAUUUAUGAACUGGGUUCGUUACCGCCAUUUUUGCUAGUGUUCGCCGGAAACAUUGUUCCGGUUGAUCAUAAAUGGAAUCAACACGGCCUCGGCGGAGAUAAUUUUAGAGGUUUAUGUCGGGAUUUACAUCCGGGUCCGGUGAGUCUAUUGCAUUGGAGUGGAAAAGGUAAGCCAUGGGCUAGACUGGACGCGAACCGGCCGUGCCCUUUGGAUGCUCUUUGGGCUCCUUAUGAUCUCUUGCAGACUCCUUUUGCGUUGGAUUCUUGAUGAGACCAUCGACGGGAAUUGUGUAUACCAUCUGUUACUAAGACCUGCUAAUCCGUGGCCAAAAAGAGAGAUCGCCGCCGAUCGAUUCAUCGUCGAGUUAUAGAGAGAAAUUACGAAGAUGAAUUUACAGAUUCGAAAAGUGUAGGUAAUACGUCGUCGUGCUGUAGAUGAUCAUUAUACGAGCAGGAGUUUUCUGUCAAUAUACAUAUACAUCUCAACAUUUAUAUUUCUGUUAUUACUUUUUAUUCAAUAGGGAGAAAUGUUAUUAGUGAGAAACAAAUAAGGAAAAACCCAGAAAGAAAAGCUAAGCAGAGACUAAGGAAAAAAAAAAUACUAUCCAGUUCGGUCUGAAUUAAUAAAAAAAUUUGGAAGGAUUUUGUUAUCAACGGAUCCUAUUCAGUUCGGUCCGAAUUAGUCGGAAUAGCGACUUUGGACAUGGAACGAUGUCUCCUAAAGAAGAGGGAAUUCGUCUAGUUCUAUUCGGAUAUGUUGUAUACACUUUCAUAAUAAUUAAAGAGCUUUGUCUUUGGGUGGUCA